AUCCAGGCCCCAAGUUCAAGCCUCAGGACUGGCAACAGGUGCACACACACUUCACAUACACAUACACACACACGAUGGAUUUCAUGAGAUAAUAGCUAGGACCCAGCUGGGGCUUGGGGACCCACUGCACACCCCUCUCCCGGCACAGGGUAAAGCCCCAGGUGGGAUUUGGUCAUGGCUCCGUACAUGUGUGUUUUGUGGAGACCUGACUGAACAUUCUGGAAGGCCUGGGAGCCUGUUGGCUGGGUGGAGCAUGGGUUCCCUCCACUAGAGUGAUAGCUCCUCCCCACAGUGAAACCCAGGGCCCCAGAGAACGUCACUGUGUCCGCCAACAUCUCCCACAUGUGGGUCGUGGCGUGGAGCAAUCCCUACCCUCCUGGAAACUUACUGCACGGUGAGCUCACCUACCAAGUCAACGUCUCCCAAGCGGAUGACCCGGCGCAGUGUCAAGUCUAUAAUGUGACCUACACGGAGCCUGUCCUCCACCUGGCAGCCAGCACCCUGCAACCUGGACUCUCCUACAGGGCACGGGUGAGGGCCCUGGCCCAGAAGCUGCACAGCAGCUGGAGCGAGUGGAGCCCCAGCGUCACGUGGCACAACCACUCCCAGCUGGCCCUGGAGCAGCAGCUGGCCCUGGGCGUGGGCAUCGCCUGCACCAUCAUCCUGCUCGUGUGCCUGGUCUGCUACUUCAGUGUCAUCAAGAUUAAGCAGCUGUGGUGGGACCAGAUCCCCAACCCCAGGCGCAGUACCCUGCUGGCCGUCGUCAUCCAGGAUUCCCAGGUGUCGCCGUGGGAGAAGCCGACGCCAGGGCAGGAAGCACGUGAGCGCCCCCGCUGGAGGAGCUGCCUGGCCAAGCUCCUGCCGUGCCUGCUGGAGCACGGCGGGAAGACGCGGAGUGUCCCCAAGGCGUCCCGGAGCGAGGCCCGGCUGGCGUGGCCCCCCGUGGAGCUGCACAAGAUGAUCCUGUGGCCGGAGAGCAUCAGCGUGGUGCGGUGCGUGGAGCUGUGCGAGGCCCCGGCGGCGCGGGCGGCGGNGGAGCAGGAGGAGGAGGAGGAGGAGGAGGAAGAGACGGGGCCCCAGAUGCACAGCAGCCCUGAGAGCCCCCCCACCAGAGCCUUUGGCUGCUCGGAUCUCUCCUGCUAUACCGACUACCUGGAGACCAUCACCUGCGUCUUGGAGACGUGGACACCCCACCCCCACCCCCUCACCCUCACCUGGCUAGACCCGUAUGGAGAACUGGAGGACAAAGUCACCUCCUGCAGCCUCCGCAGGACCAGCCGCAACGCCACGCACGCGCAGUACACCUGCCACAUGAACGUCUCCCAGUUCAUGGCCGACGACAUCUUUAGUGUCAACGCGACCGACCAGUCCGGCAGCUCCCAGGAGUGCGGCAGCUUUGUGCUGGCCUACAGCAUCAAGCCCGCCCCCCCGUACCACGUGACGGCGGCCGCCGCCCCCUCGGGACUCCGCAACGUCAGCUGGCGCUCGGACUACGACGACGGCGCGGCCUACCACCCGCUGCGGCACCGCCUGCAGUACCAGCUGCAGCUCCGCGAGCGCGAGGGCGCCGGGGCCCGGGUGAGGGGCCCCCCUCCCACAGUCACCACGCGGGGAGUUUCUGGAACCUUCCCCCUCACUCAGGACAGGCCUGGUUGGGAGUUCCGGGUGCAGGGGGUGGGGCGUGGCUCAGGCGGUGGGGGCGUGGCUCCCUGA